AUGGCGAUUCGAACAUUCUCUUCUCUCGUACGCACUCUUAACCAAAUCCCUAAAGCUCAGACAUUUCGUUUCUUCUCUACUCUUCUGCACGACCCACCAUCACCAGAACUAGUAAACGAGAUCUCCCGACUUAUAAGCGAUCACAGAAACCCAAAAGACGACCUCGAACACACUCUCGGCGUUUACUCUCCACGAGUUUCGUCGAAUCUGGUCGAACAAGUGUUGAAGCGCUGCAAAAAUCUCGGCUUUCCCGCCCACAGAUUCUUCCUCUGGGCAAGACGAAUCCCAGAUUUCAAACACAGCUCAGAAAGUCACCACAUUUUGCUCGAGAUUCUGGGUAGUAGCAAGCAAUUCGCUUUGCUCUGGGAUUUUCUAAUCGAAGCCAGAGAGUAUAACUACUUCGAGAUCACCCCUAAAGUGUUUUGGAUCGUCUUCAGAGCUUACAGUAGAGCUAAUCUACCCGGCGAAGCAACUCGAGCGUUUAAUCGAAUGAUCGAGUUUGGGAUCAAGCCAUGUCUUCACGAUCUCGACCAGCUUCUUCACUCUCUCUGCGACAGAAAACACGUGAUUCACGCUCAUGACUUCUUCGAGAAAUCGAAACUCGUGAUCGCACCUAACGCGAAGACGUAUAGCAUUCUCGUCCGUGGCUGGGCCAAGAUCCGAGACGCCUCCGGUGCACGCAAGGUGUUCGACGAAAUGCUUGAAACAAACUGUCUUGUGGAUUUGCUCGCGUACAACGCUCUUUUAGACGCGCUUUGCAAAUCUGGAGACGUUGAUGGAGCUUACGAGAUGUUUCAAGAAAUGGGUAAGCUUGGACUCGAGCCAGACGCGUAUAGCUAUGCUAUAUUCAUCCACGCGUACUGCGACAAGGAUGAUGUUCACUCGGCUUAUAAAGUUCUUGAUCGGAUGCAAAGGUACGAUCUUGUGCCGAACGUGUACACGUACAACCAUAUCAUCAAAACACUCUGCAAGAACGAGAAAGUUGAUGAUGCUUAUCUGCUCUUGGACGAGAUGAUUCGUAAAGGAGCUGAUCCGGAUACUUGGACUUACAAUUCGAUAAUGGCGUACCAUUGUGAUCACUGCGAAGUGAACCGAGCGACGAAGCUGAUCUCUAGAAUGGAUAGAACAAAGUGUUUACCUGAUAGGCACACUUACAAUAUGGUUCUGAAGCUGCUGGUGAGGAUUGGGAGAUUUGAUCGUGCGACGGAGAUGUGGGAAGGGAUGAGUGAGAGGAAGUUUUAUCCGACGGUUGCGACUUACACUGUGAUGAUUCAUGGGUUGGUGAGGAAGAAAGGGAAGUUGGAGGAAGCUUGUAGGUACUUUGAGAUGAUGAUUGAUGAUGGGAUUCCACCGUAUUCGACGACGGUUGAGAUGUUGAGGAACCGGUUGGUCGGUUGGGGAGAGAUGGAUGUUGUGGAUGUGUUGUCUGGGAAGAUGGAGAGGAGUAGUUCUUGCUCGGUUAGGGAAAUGGCGGUGGAGAUGAGAGGGAAGAGGAGGAGAGUGGGACGUAGAAGUGAAGAUAGUGAAGAUGAUGAUAUUGAGCAUAAAGAGUUGUAUGAGAGGAAACAUAUAAACACAUUUGAAUAA